AUGAGAAAUUAUAGUUUGAAAUCAAAUACAAAUUCAUAUUCACCUACACCCAAUUUAAAUGAUUUAGAUUGGAUUGAUAUUUAUGUUUCAGUAAAGAGUGGCAAUGAUACCACUGGAGAUGGAACGAUCAAUAAUCCGUAUUGGAGUGUUACAAAGUCAGUAUCUGUGAUGACUGAAGCCAAUGCAUAUAACGUUUAUAUAGAUCCCGGAUUUUACACUGGAGAUUCACAGCUGAACCCACCGAAUGCAACUGAAAUCGUGUUUACAAGAUAUCCCGGCACCACUGGCGGCGUAGAACUGGACCAAACGGAAAUCACCAACACUCUCGGCAACAGCUAUUCAAUUAUAUUUCUCGAGAUACAACCGAAUCUAUUGUAUUGCGACUCUGAAAAUGAACGACAGCUGACACCGAAAAUUACAUUUUACAAUUCUCAAGUCACACAAUUCACUAUUUUACACGGAGUGUUUGAAUUGGCCGUUGUCAACUCCUCGAUAUUCUAUGCCGUCGGAAAUACAACGACACUCACACUUCAGAAUAGCAUAAUCUUUGGUAUCACCACUAAUCUAGUGGUUUUCAACAGUGUUUCCAUUAGCAAUUCAUCGCUAAACAAUGGAAUUAUCGUGGUGUACGCAGCGCAACAGGUUUCCAUUGAAAACUCACAGUUUGGAAAUUCUUCGGUGGAACUUCACGAUACCUCCAACAUCCACAUCGGUGACUCUACCUUUUCAUUCAUCGACACGCCAUCAUUCACAUUCGAUGACCAUCUCAUGACACCGAUUGCACUCUACAAUAGCAGCACAACCAUCGACAGUUGCACCUUUAUCAACAUAAGAAACAAGAUCAAUAUCAUUACUUGCACAGACUCGCAGCUCCAAAUUUACUCUCGAGUUCCUCUGACUGCCACAUCUUCAGAACUGCUUUUCUCUGGUACUCUAAUCAGUAACUAUCUCUCACAGUUCAGUGUACCAAUCAUGGAGAUCACCGAUUCCGUCCUCGGAUUCCUCAAUACACAAUUUAUUUCUUGCAGUUCGAAUGCAGGACUUUUGUUAUCGUAUGGAUCCAUUAUCUCUGCCAUCAACACUCAGCUCUCACUUUGUAUCUUCCUCGAGUACGGUAUCUAUUUGCAAUCAACCUCCUACAUGUCACUCCAAAAUGUAACACUCGAUUCAUCUUCUCUCUCGAGUGAUACUCUCGGAUUCUUUUAUUUCGUCAACAGCGAUGUCGAUAUCAAUCAACUCUCGCUCUCGUCGAUCACCACCAAUCUCAUUUUCGAUAGCAAGAACUCAGUGUUCAGCUUGAAAAACUCUAGUUUCUAUUUGAUCUCAAAUAGCUUGCUAACGGGACUAGGCUCUGCAAUAACGAUAGAAAACACCAAAGUAAGUGGAUCCUCAGUGGGAAACACCAUUCUCUUCAACCAAUGCACUGGCAAUGUAUCGGGUUUACAGCUGGACUUGGUAGUGAAUUUCGACACUCUGAUCAAUGUUGGCAAUUCACAAUUUAAUUUCAAAGACCUCUUGAUCAACGAUUCCGGCGAUACAGCUGCCUGUUCAAUCACCAACAAUCUCUUCUUCAUCAACACCGGUGUUAGAGGUGGAGUAUUCCAAUUUGAGCAAACCAAUUUCGAGUGUGAAAUAUCUGAUAACACUUUCAAUUCAAACACUGCCGACCUGGCAGGUGGUGCCAUCUACUCGAAAGAACUGAUUAUCGUUGACAAGUCCAACAAAUUUUUGGGAAACACUGCAACCUUCUAUGGAAACAACAUAGCCAGUGGAAAGGCGCGACUCGGCAUUGGAAUGCCCGACGACAUUGCCAACGACGAACCCAUCACAAUCACCAUCACAAUGUUUGACUAUUUCGAUAAUGAAGUCACCACCGAGGCAGGUGAUCUCAUGCUGUGGCUCUCUGCCAUCUCUACACCAGGAGAUUUCACGAAUGUGAGCAUGCCAGUCAGUUUGAUCGGUGGUUUCGCCAGAGUGAAUCUCAACGCUUUCGUUGGAAUGCAGGUUGGCAGUGUAUUCAACAUCCUCGCACACCAAGAUGGACUUCAAAGCAAUGUCGAACUAACAGUGGGUCCUUGUCGUCCUUUCCAAUUUCAGAGUCCGAACAACGUACUCUGUCAGUAUUGCAACUCAACGGAUCUUGUCUACUCACCCUCUAAACAACAGUGUGUCAAGUGUAACAAUGAGAAGCUAUCACAAUGUUACCGUGGCAACGUAGAAACCAUCGAGAACUACUGGAUGUACAACAACGAUAUCGAAGUAAUCAAGAGAUGUGAACAGAAUCUAUGUUUAGGUGGAAAUCAAUGUAUAUCUGGUCACACCGGUAUUCUCUGUGGCCAAUGUCUAACAUCACCAAAACAUAACAAAUCAUCAAUUUAUUGUUGUACUUUGUUUAUUAUCGCUCUAUCGCUUGCACCAACCAUUUUCAAUCAUCACGUAUUCGGAUCGAUUAUUAUCUUCUUGCAAUCGGUGGCAAUUCUAUUAUAUUCGCAAAUGAAUCUAUAUAUUGUUCCGCUGUUUAGAAUGUCAUUGGAUUACAUACCGUUCAUAUGCAGUGGUUUACCAUUCAACUACUACACCAAGGUGGCAUUCUCCUUCUCUGCCACCAUUAUCAUCAUUGCCAUCGGCGGAAUAACCUCGAGAAUAGCCAAGUCACUCUCGCUGGUCAGACAGAUUCAACACCCAACUGCUCAAAGAUCACCUUACCUCUCUUAUUUCUGGAGUUCUACUCUGCUCUUCUUUGGUCCGCUGGUUUUCGACUUGUUCUCUCUGUCGAUGCCGUGUCGCGACAUUGGCGACAAGCAACCCUACAAACUCAGAGCAAGAAACCAAACCGAAAACAUUGCCAAUUUCUUCCUUCUAAUCAUUCUUGUCAUCUCUGGUAAUGCUUUCCUCGAUCCUGCUACUCGUGGAAUAGUUAUCUCCUCGAUAACAUUGUUAUUCGCAGCCGUCAUUCUUGCAAUAUCAAUUAUACAAAACAUUAGAAUGAGAUUAUCGAAAUUGAAAUAA